CUGAUGUGUUCAAAGGCAACCAUGCUCCAAGAUCAUGAUGGCAUCAGAGGUUUAUAUGGCACUUUCUGCUUGAGAAGUGCCAUUCACUGAUAAUGUUUACAGGUUUACCGAGAUGGUAUGCCUGAAGACCAGAGCAUCGCUCUGUGACUCUUCUCAGACUUUACUCACUCCUGUCAGACAAGCGCAUGGUGGUAUGCUCAUGUGCUGGGUACCUAAUCCAGCAUUGAUAAUCUCUACAGGCUGAUCUUAUCUAUUCAAAUUCAUUUGAUCAGACUCUACACCACACCCAUCGAAUGCCAUGGCAGUCAACCACGGUCGUCGUGGGGAGACUGCGCCCACUGCAGCUGGGCCCGUCUUGAGCAUGUUUCCCGAUCGGGACUAGCGUUGUUCCACGCUCGAUGCCGUCUUUAGCGACCAGGAUGGCUCUGACAUUUCUGACUCCUUCAUCCAUCAACAACGCGCGCGUCUCCAGAAAUCGGAUCGCUUCAACAUCCACCAUCCCGCUCUAUCGAUUCCAGUUCCCUUUUGACGCGACAUUUCCAUCCUUGCGACCCUAAACCUCGACGCUUUUCAAAAUGCCGGGCGGAAAAGGAAAGUCUGUUGGUGGAAAGGGCGGUUCCAAGGACUCUGCGGGGAAGUCCCAGAAGUCCCACAGCGCAAAGGCCGGUUUGCAGUUCCCCUGCGGUCGUGUCAAGCGUUUCUUGAAGAACAACACCCAGAAUAAAAUGCGCGUUGGUGCUAAAGCCGCUGUCUAUGUCACUGCCGUCCUCGAAUAUCUGACUGCGGAAGUGCUCGAGCUUGCCGGAAACGCCGCGAAGGAUUUGAAAGUCAAGCGUAUCACCCCGCGCCAUCUGCAACUCGCGAUCCGUGGAGACGAAGAGCUGGACACGUUGAUUCGCGCGACCAUCGCCUUUGGCGGUGUGCUACCGCGCAUCAACCGCGCGCUCCUGCUCAAGGUGGAGCAGAAGAAGAAAACCAAGUCCGAUGCUUAAUUUACGGCGAAUACCCCACGAAAAUAUGGCGUUUGGUAACGAUGACGACUGAAAGCGCUCAGGAUGUGCAUGUGCAUGGAUCGAUGUCCGCGGUCGUGUUCCAUCCAAUAUUAAUCUCACGACAAUGACGAACUACGGGACAGCAGACUUGCCAGCAGACACCAGACACCAGACACCACCCACACCCUGAUAUCGCUGCAAUUCGAAACGUAAAAGAAGAAAAAUCCUUUCGAUCAUCUAUUCCUGAUAGUGGUUCUUUUUUUCACUUUUUCACUUUUCCUCUAAUAUUAUUCACCCAGUGUUGUUUCUUUUUUUCUUUUUUUUUAACUUUUCCUCUCUUCAUUACUCUAUUCCUCCCAUCCCCGCGCUAUCCGUCCAAACCUCUAGUUUGAAUCACCAAGGGCGCUCGCUAUAUUAGGAUGGGGAAAAAAGGGGAAAUCAACAACUCACUAGUGGGCUUGCAAGGUUUAUCACUUCUGUUCUUACUUUUCCCCACGUUCAAGUAAAUUUCUGUUCUAUUAUUAUCAUUGUUCGAUUGAUGGUGUUGAGUGAUUUCUGUUUGUCUUUUCUUCACCUGUCUACUUACCUCCAACCUCCCUAACUACUUACCUAUACUACGCUCAAGUCAGCUCUCUUAUCAACCACUCAUGGUUUUCCCCAUCUAUUCGAGUGGUAAAAGUAGAUAAUAAUGCCAGUCGUUCUGUACUACCAGUCAA